AUGAAGAUCACAACAACAACUUUCAUCCAACUUUUGUUAUUUAUCUGCUCAGCAGAUGCCUUGAUACCAAUCACUGUCAAAGGGAAAAGAUUCAUCAAACCAAAUAGUGAUGCCUCAACCCAAGGUGAAGUGUUCUUUAUCAAAGGUAUCGAUUAUCAACCUGGGGGAUCGUCAGGUUAUGAUUCAGCUACUGGUGUUGAUGCAUUAUCCAAUCCUGAUGCUUGUUAUAGAGAUGCUUAUGCCUUUCAACAAAUGAAUAUCAAUACUUUAAGAAUCUACUCUUUGAACCCUGACACUAAUCAUGAUGAAUGUAUGACUAUCUUCAAUAAUGCCGGUAUUUAUUUGAUUUUAGAUGUUAAUUCAGGUGAAUACGGUGGAUCAUUAAAUAGAGCUGAUCCAUCUGGCUCAUACAAUGCAAACUAUUUGAACAGAGUCUUUAAAUUCAUUGAAGCUUUCAAAAACUAUCCAAAUGUUUUGGGGUUCUUUUCUGGUAAUGAAGUCAUUAAUGAUCAAAGUAAUUAUGCUGAAAUCACUCCAAACUAUAUUAGGGCUGUUCAAAGAGAUAUGAAACAAUACAUUGCUAAACAUGCAAACAGAACUAUCCCUGUUGGUUAUUCAGCUGCUGAUAGUGUUACUUUAAGAAGAGCUACUUUUGAAUAUUUGCAAUGCUUCAUUGAUGGUGAAGAAAAUGAUGUUAGUAGAUCUGAUUUCUUUGGGUUGAACUCUUAUGAAUGGUGCAGUCCUUCAACUUGGGAAUCUUCUGGAUAUGGAGAGUUGAACUCCACUAUGUCAAACACAACAUUACCUCUAUUAUUUUCAGAAUUUGGUUGUAACAAGAAUUCACCAAGAACUUUUAAUGAAAUCAGUGAUGGUCUCUUUGGAGGGUUAGUCAAUACUUUCUCUGGUGGAUUGGUCUAUGAAUAUACCGAAGAAGCUUCUCAUUAUGGGGUGGUUGAAUUGAAUAGUGAUGAUUCAAUUACUUAUAGAGAAGAUUUCGAAAACCUGAAAAAUGAAUACGCAAACUCAAGUAUUCCAACUAUUUUAGAAGAUGAUGUUGAAAAGGCUCAUAUCGUCACUUGUGAUGCUGAUAUUGUCACUAACAUCUACUCUGAAUUUGGUGCCAAUUUUACUUUACCAGCCCAACCAAAAGAUAUCGCUGAUUUGAUUGAACAUGGUGUCAAUGCAACCAAUGUUGGUAAACUUCUUGAUGGAAUCGAAGCUAAAAAAUCAAACCACACUAUCUAUGACGAUUCAAAUAAUGAGGUCAAAGACGCAACUGUUGUUUUUGAAGCUUCAAAUGAGAUCAACACUCAAUCUGGGAUCACUGCAUCUUCAAGAGUUGCUCCAGUCUCAACCGUCGCAAGUUCUGGUUCAUCAAGUGCGACUGCUUCAUCAUCACAUUCUUCAAAAGGUGGUGCUCAUAUGAACUCUGCUGCUGGUUUCAGUUUCUGGAGUGUUUUCGUUGUUGCCGUCUCCUACUUGAUUUAG